CACUCACGAACGAACACUUGCACCAGCUGCGCUCCAGCAAAAUGGACUCCGCCGCCGCCAUGACCAUGGACAUCAAGCAGGAGGAGCCCGAGAUGAUGGUGCUGGACGACGACGACGACGACGCGGGCUGCUGCCUGGCGCCGACGCCGCUCGACCUGGCGGCGGCCGCGGCGGUGGCGCCGUUCCUGGCGAAGACGUUCGACAUGGUGGAGGACCCGGCGACGGACGCGGUGGUGUCGUGGGGCGCGGCGCGGAACAGCUUCGUGGUCUGGGACCCCCACGCCUUCGCCGCCGGCCUCCUCCCGCUCCACUUCAAGCAUGCCAACUUCUCCAGCUUCCUCCGGCAGCUCAACACCUACGGAUUCCGCAAGGUGAACCCGGACAGGUGGGAGUUCGCCAACGCGGGCUUCCUCGGCGGGCAGCGCCACCUCCUGGCCGGCAUCCGCCGCCGCCGCGGCGCCGACACCGGCCGCCGUCCCGCCGCGGCCUUGUCGCCUUCGUCGUGCGCGGAGGGCGCCGGCGGCUUCGGCUCCGUUGAGGGGGAGCUGGAGCGGCUGCGGCAGGACCGGGAGGCGCUGAAGCGGGAGCUGGCCGGGCUCAAGCGGCAGCAGGAGGAGGCGCGCGCGACGCUGCUCGACAUGGAGCGCCGCGUGGAGGGCACCGAGCGGCGGCAGGAGCAGUGCAAGGCCUUCCUCGCGCGCGCCGUCAGGAACCCGGCCUUCCUGGCCAACCUGGCGCGCCGCAACGACCUCGCCGCGGCGGCUCCGGCGCCCGCCGUCGACGGCAAGAAGAAGCGGCGGCGGCUCGACGCCAUCCCGUCACCGCUGCCGGCGGAGGAUGGGUUCACCUUCCAGGAGCUGGCAUUGGCGGCCGGCGUCGUCGAGGAAGCGGCCGCGCCGACCCAGGGCUCGGGAGCGGGCGGUGUCACGACGGACAUGAUAUGGUACGAGCUGCUCGAGGAGGGGCAGGCGGAGAUAGACGUGGAGGUGGAGGACCUCGUGGCCGCCGCGGGGGACAUGGCGCCGUGGGAGUUCGGCGAGGAGGAGGAUCCGGAUGAUGGAGUCUGUCGGGAUGCAAGGCGUGGAAGGGAGUGACAGACAGUCAGUCAGGCCUCGUUUGGUUAAGGAGAUUGGGGAGGUUUUGAGAGGAAAAUCUCCAGGAGGGUCAGAAACCUCACAAAUCCUCGGGCGUCCAUUUGAUAGGAGGGGUUUACUUAGUCCAAUCCUCUCCGUUUUCCUUCAAUCCCUUUCUAUCCAUGUGUUUCAAAAUCCUCCUCGAAGGACUAGUGGAAGCAAAGCCCCGGGGAUUUGAGAGGAUUGGGUGAAACAAAGGGAUUCACCCAAUCCAUUAAAAUCCCUCCCUCUUAAAACCUCCCCAAUCCCCCUUAACCAAACGAGGCCUCAGUGUGCUCUAGAAGUUCAGAUGCUUUAGGUUGCAGAAUUGCAGACAGCCUGGUGAAUAAGUGGUGUUUUCAGGGCUGCUCCAUUUCAAGUUUAUUUCAGUGACUUGCAAAAAAAGAGUCUAUUUCAUUGAUCCCUUAAAAAAGAAUUCUAGUAUGUCAUUGAUGAGUGACACCAACAUGGAUAACUACUGUGGACACCUGUGUCACCUAACAUGUUGCGUUGUUUCUUCAGCAUGCUCACUGGCUUCUUUUACAUGGAAAAUCGUCUUGACAUCCACAGAGGUUGCCGUUAUGCAGAAGCUUACCA